UGGCUAGUUAAGCCAAGAUAACAAUUUUCAGCUAAUAGACCAUUUUUGCAACAAAACGAAAAAUUUGGAUGGCUAGUGAAGCCAAGAUAACAACUUUCAGCUAAUAGACCAUUUUUGCAGUGUUGUCAAAGUAAAAUAACCAGAAUGCCCUCUUGUAACCUAUAAUCAAUAUACGGACAUCGCUUCUUCGUGCUUCUUCUCCAUCGACCUGGCUUGUUCUUCUCCAGCACCGCUGCUUCUCCUAAUCUGUUAUUCACCGUAGACUCCAUCUCCUUUGUCAGUUUGCUUCUACAUUGGAUUCCUGAUUUCGAACUGCAAUAAUCGAUUUUAGGGAUAAAAAAAUCAAGAUUAAAAGGGAGACGCACGGAAAAGAGGAGAAGGCCUGUUAUCGUCUUGUUUAGUAUUCCAGCUCGCCUCCCUGAGACUUCCUGCGCUGAUCAAUCCCAAAUCCGACACCAAACUCACUAAGUUUAUUUUUGUAAGAUGGAGCAAGAGGUGAUAGAAUCAGAGAUGGUGUUACCUACUCACCUAAGUUUUAAAAAGAUUCAGAUGUACGAAAAGUACCCAAAAGGUCAAGCUAGAGGGAGGCAUUGGAAACAUCUCAAGCAGAUCAUACAAGCUGAAAAUUACCAAAAUUAUCCUGCUGAUGAACCAAAUUAUGUUAAUAUUGAAUCUCCACCUUCGAUGCACCCUCGGAAGCAAAUUUGUGAUAUAACUGGAUUUGAGGGACCAUAUAGCGACCCAAGAACCCAUCUGAGGUAUGCAAACACAGAAGUGUUUAAGGUGAUCAGAUCGCUUCCUAAUGAGUAUGUGCAAAGAUAUCUUGCUCUUCGAAAUGCAGCAGUUGUUCUCAAGUAAUAUAAAAUUCAUUUCAUCAUUCCAUUUAAUGUGUCGCUAUUUGAUCCUUUCGGAGGUUGUUAACAUUUGAAUGAAUAUAUAUAUAUAUAUAUAUAUAUAUAUAUAUAUAUAUAUAUAUAUAUAUAUAUAUAUAUAUAUAUAUUAACCGACUUUCAACUGUUUGAGUUUAACCCAAUUCAUCUGCUUGAUUUUCUAGACAAACUUUUAUAUGUUAUCUAAUUCACGGUUUGAUGAUAAAAUAUUUCACUCAUUUUAAAAUUUCA